AUGGCGGACUGCUUAUUAUGGUCACCUCAAGGAGGUCCUACAGCAGUCAAACCUCAAUCAGCUGUGCAUGCAGCAGCAGUGGUUUUGAUAUCUGUGAGGAAGUGCAAAGAAGGCUACCAAGGAGUCCGUUGUGAUCAGUUUCUGCCGAAAACUGAUUCCAUCUUGUCGGAUCCAACAGACCACUUGGGGAUCGAAUUCAUGGAGAGUGAAGAAGUUUAUCAAAGGCAAGUGCUGUCAAUUUCGUGUAUCAUCUUUGGAAUUAUCAUCGUGGGCAUGUUCUGUGCAGCAUUCUACUUCAAAAGCAAGAAACAAGCUAAACAAAUUCAAGAGCAGCUAAAGGAGCCACAAAGUGGUAAAAACUACAGCCUCAAAGCAUCCAGCACAAUGGCAAAGUCAGAGAGCUUGGUGAAGAACCAUGUCCAGCUGCAAAAUUAUUCAAAGGCGGAAAGGCAUCCUGUGACUGCAUUGGAGAAAAUGAUGGAGUCGAGCUUUGCUGGCCCCCAGUCAUUCCCAGAGGUCCCUUCUCCCGACAGAGGAAGCCAGUCUGUCAAACACCACAGGGGCCUCUCCUCGUGCUGCAGCCCAGGACAAAGGGGUGGCAUGCUGCAUAGGAAUGCCUUCAGAAGGACACCACCCUUGCCCCGAAGUCGGCUAGGCGGGCUUGUGGGACCAGCAUAUCAGCAGCUUGAGGAGUCAAGGAUCCCAGACCAGGAUACCGUACCUUGCCAAGGGGUAGAGGUCAGGAAGACUAUAUCCCACCUGCCUAUACAGCUGUGGUGUGUUGAAAGAUCCCUGGACUUAAAGUAUCCGUCUAAUGGUUUAAAAACCCAACAAAAUGCAUCAAUAAAUAUGCAACUGCCUUCAAGAGAGACAAACUCCUAUUUUAAUAGCUUGGAUCAAAAGAACUUGAUGGGGUAUUCAUCCCCGAGGGCCAGCUCUGUGCCCAUCAUCCCUUCAGUGGGUCUAGAGGAAACCUGCAUGCAAAUGCCAGGGGUUUCUGAAGUCAACAGCAUCAAAUGGUGCAAAAACUCCUACUCUGCUGACACUGUCCGUGUGAGUAUUCCCAUCAGCGACUGCCUCAUAGCAGAACAACAAGAAGUGAAAAUACUGCUAGAAACUGUCCAGGAGCAGAUCCGCAUUCUGACUGAUGCCAGGCGGUCCGAAGACUACGAACUGGCCAGUGUCGAAACGGAGGACAGUGCGAGUGAAAACACAGCCUUUCUCCCCCUGAGUCCCACAGCCAAAUCAGAACGAGAGGCACAAUUUGUCUUAAGAAAUGAAAUACAAAGAGACUCUGCAUUGACCAAGUGACUUUGAGAUGUAGGAAUCCGUGCGUUCUAUGCUUUGCUCAACAGGAAAGAGAGGAAAUUAAAUACAAAUUAUUUAUAUGCAUUAAUUUAAGAGCAUCUACUUAGAAGAAACCAAAUAGUCUAUCGCCCUCAUAUCAUAGUGUUUUUUAACAAAAUAUUUUUUUAAAGGGAAAGAAACGUUUCAGGAGGGAUAAAGCUUACAACUAAAGCUUUGGGGGAGAAUUCUGAAUACAAUUUCAGUCCGUCCCAACACUGUCCUCUUUGGCUUUUAGUAGAUGUGGGCGGUUCAGACCCUCAGCCCCCCAGCGCCAGUGUCCUCAACCAAAAGCACUGGCCUUUCCAGGCUUCAAAGAGAUGAGCUAUAUAGCCUGAGGCCGACAUGCCGAUGAGCAGGCGGCCCUUGCCGGUUGGCUUGACUGUCCCAACCCCUAAAUUUCUCUUCACUUGACAGCCUCAUCACAGGUUAUGUCAUGUCAACAAAUGUAGUAUUUUCUAUUUAAUUUUUGAAGAAUGACACAAAGACUCUGGAAGGAGAAGGAAGACAGGAGAGAGAGGGAGUCAUUGGGGACCAUCUUAGCUACUCUUACGUGCCAUCUUCCUCUGAGAUUUGAAAGUGCGGAAUCUCAGAGGGAGAUAUGAAAUUCUUAUAGAAAAAGGGACAAAAAAAAUCAAAUGUCGUGUCACUAAAAUCAUGCUGAUAGAAAUGUUUUUCUUUGAGAAUGUUUAGGGGCUCUGAAAGAGCAUUUUUCAGCGUGUGUAUGUGUGUGUGUAUGUGUGUGUAUGUUUGUGUACGUGCAUGUGAGAGCAUGUGUGUGUGUAUACAUGCAUGUGAGAGCAUGUGUGUGUGUGUGCGUGUGUGUGUGUGUGUGUGUGUGUGAGUGUGUGAGUGAGCUCCCUUGAGCACUUGAACACUGGUAUGCUGUAUGCACAUGUGUUUAUUGUGAGUAUGUGUGUGCAUGUGUGUGCGUAUUAAGCUUGCUAAAAUUUGUUCUGAAACAUCAGGGAAUCUAAUAUUCAGAAAAAAAUUUCCCUCUUAGAUCUGUUCACUUAAAAUUUUUCCAUUAACUAUAAAGUUCAGUUAGUAAGUUCUUAAAUCAGGGUCACUUGCAUGGUGAGGUCCUAUAAAACUCUUGACAAUGUCUAGAUCAUUUUCUGAUGUGAAUACUUCUGACAAAAACUAUAGACUCAUUGAUGAUAUCCGUAUCACAAGGUGAGUUGAGGAUGUGUGUUUAUUUUGAAUCACGCGUACUUAAAUUAUUUACAUAAGCCAAUGACCAAAUUGACAGUUACCCAUUGCUUUUUCAUCAUCCUCAUUACCAUUUAUUUUGUAGCAAGUCUACAAUGUGUGGACCAAGACAUUGGCUUCUGUGGUUAAUAUGGAAAGAAUAAAUUGUUGAAAUCACAAAGCCCAGAGUAUCAGUUCACAGGAAGCCCCCAAAAGAACAGUAAAUUGUGUUGUAUGUUCAUUUGGAAUAAAGCAAUAUUUUUACCACUCCUGAGGUGAACUGAAACUUCUCCUGAAGAUUUGUCUGUUUUAUUUACCCUUAAUUUCCUGGGGCAUUCAAGGAAAUUAGUGUUCACAUAACCAGUUUUUUUCCAAUUAUUGGUGUUGUUGUUAUGUUUACACUGUUUUAAAUAAAAAGGCACAGUAUUUGAAAGUAUAUAAAAGAUUUCUUUUACUGCAGUUUGGGAAAACUUUAGUUAAAAUUUCCUUGUGGAAUAUUCACAUUCCAUUGAAAGAGACUACAUUUCUGAAUCAAACACUGAAUACAUACAAUGCUUGUUUAAGGUUAAGUUGUUUCUGUUGAACAUACAUUGCAAAUUGCUCUUUGAGAGCAUUCUUUAAUAAUAGACAUGAUGCCAUACAGGGGGACAAAAGAACAUAGUGUUGUUUUUAACAUUGUUUAAUGAAAAUUCAAGGUCUCAAAUGUUGAAAACAUUUUGGUAGAUUCAACAAAAGGUUCGUGAUAUUCAUGAGUUGUUCCAUUAUAGUUCCAUUGUUUUGAAUAUAGAGACAAUAUUGUUAGCCUCUUAAAGGAUGAUUAUACAUUUUUAAUUUCUAGUUCAACUACAUUCUCAUUUAGAAAUGUUGUAUCCUUGGGAAAAUAUUAGAAAGAUGGUCUUAAUUAACAGGAACAUAAAAACCCCAUAAGUUUCAUAUGAAAUAUGUGAUUGUGUUGCAGUUUAUCACAGUUAUCAAACAUUAAUUGGAAGGCUUCACAAAUUUGCUGAUGCCAGCCUUGUUCAUGGGGUUUUCACUAGAAUGUUCCGUGUUGCUUAUCGGAAGGAUCCAUACAGAAUUUACCUAUUUAGGAGAUUAUAUACUCUGUGACUUGCUGCAGUAAUUUUAAUAUAUUUACUCUGAAAAGUUUGAAGAUUAUCAGUAAAAAGUAAGUCCUGCUCCAACCCCAUAUUUUUUUUUAAGUAGAACCAUAUAUGAUGUGAUUAUAAACACCCUGUGUGUACUGAAGGACGCGAACAUCUAAGGCACACCCACUGGCAGUCUGAUAUGAAGUUUACAGAGUUACUUCCUAGCUGAUCGUCAAGACAAAAUCCUCCAUAAAGAAUAAAUACUAAUGGUUACUUUCAGUGGCCCUUUGUCUCCUUUUGGAACGUGAAGCUCUCUGAAAAAGAUCCAAGUUCAAAAUGCGUAUUUUGGGGCACCAGCAGUCAAGUGCUGAAAGCAUCAAGGCGUUCAAAGUUGAUCUAACAUGGGCAACACCUGGGAUCCUUUGUACCUGUCCUACUGGCUCAUGUGCCUACAGAGAAAUGCUUAUUUCUAAAAGACACCUUUGAUUUUGCUCCGUUUUCCUUGUCUUUAUUAUGUAAACAGGUAUAUAAAGAUUUGUAAUUAAGUAAGUUGUAUAUUUGUUAUUUACAGGAAAAUGAAUGUCACACAUUAUUUUUCCUUGGGAUCAUUUCAGACUAUUUUUAGAAAGCAUAUGUUAUUCUAAUUGGCCAGUGACUGUGGAACGCUGUUGUUCAAAAUAUGUGACUAAUUUCAUGCUAAUGAGAAACAGUAGAAAUGAUGUUGGAUAAUUGGCAGCCACAUUUUCUUCCUGAUUUUCCUAUGCUCAUUACUAAAUGCUCUGUUUGGCCA